UGUUCCGGAAGCGAAAAUGCAUACGAAGGAGGAUGACCAGUACGUACUGUACGGUGGACCCGACCCAACUGACCUGGACCAGUACGGUUCACUGGGGGAGGUGAUAGUGGAGGAGCUGAAACUGCGUCCUUCCAACAUUGGUUUGAUUGAUCCGGUUACGCUGGAGGAACUUAGCUACAGUCAAAUAUUAGACCGAUCAGCACGGCUAGCGCAGGGUCUGUCAAAGUUAGGCAUCAAGCGCACGGACAAUGUAGCCAUAUUCAGCCAGAACAGUCUGGAGUACUGCAUCACGAUGUUUGGCAGUAUUUUCGUUGGUGCUCCAUUGGCACUGCUUAAUCCAGCAUAUGUAGAAGGGGAGCUGAAGCACGCGAUACGGUUGGCGAACCCAAAGCUUAUCUUUAUUUCACCCGAUGUACUGGAGAAGCUGAUGCUGACACUUCGCGGUAUGGAAGGGCCAAAGCCACGUGUGGUGCUGUUUGGGCAACAUCCGACAGCCAGUCAAUACCCGGAUUUGAUUCCAUUCGAAAGUCUUCUCGACAAAGCACCGAUCGACCUGAUACGGUAUCGGCCGGAGCCUGUGGAUAAAGCUUCACAGGUGGCACUGAUUGUGUUGUCUUCGGGAACGACCGGCUUACCAAAGGGCGUCGAGUUGACGCAUCAGAGCAUCAUCGCUACGAUUGCACACUCGAAGGAAUCGGCCAAGUUAAUAGAACUGCCCGAACAGUUGGUGGCACUCGCUGUAACGCCCCUGUUCCACGUUGUAGCCGGUGUCGGUUUGCUCAACAUGGUCACCAACAAUUGCCGGUGUGUGGUAAUGCCCCGGUUCGAUCCGCACCUGUUCCUUAGCUGCAUCGAAAAGUAUCGCGUAAAUCUUAUGACACUCGUGCCACCGCUUAUGGUGUUUCUCGCCAAACACCCGAUGGUGGACAAUUACGAUCUUUCCUCGCUCAUGACACUGUUCUGCGGUGCGGCCCCACUCAGCAAGGAGAUAGAGGAUCAGGUGCGCGAACGGCUCGGUAUCGCAUUUAUACGGCAAGGUUAUGGCAUGAGCGAAACCACGCUUGGCGUGUUAAUGCAGGACGGGUACGAGAAUAAGGCGGGAAGUGUGGGCAAGGUGCGCAUGGGUCAAUGGGUGAAGGUGAUUGAUCCAGAGACGGGCCGCGCACUCGGACCGAACCAGCGCGGAGAGCUCUGCUUUAAGGGUUCGCUCAUAAUGAAGGGCUACGUGGGUAAGGAGCAAGCGAUCGAUGCCGACGGUUGGCUGCACACGGGUGACAUUGCGUACUACGAUGACGAUCAGGUGUUCUUCAUAGUGGACCGUAUUAAGGAGCUGAUCAAGUACAAGGGAUUCCAGGUACCGCCGGCCGAGCUAGAGGCAAUACUGCUGGAACAUCCGAAAAUCAGUGAUGUGGCUGUAAUAGGUGUGCCGGAUGAACGGGUCGGCGAGCUACCACUUGCGUUCGUCGUGAAGGAGUACGGUGAGCAGCUGACGGAGCAGGAGGUGAAGGAUUUUGUCGCCGGCAAAGUGUCGGAGCAGAAACGGUUGUAUGGUGGGGUUCGGUUUGUCGAGCAAAUACCAAAGACUGCGAGCGGUAAAAUAUUGCGCCGUGAGUUGCGGGACCUGGUUAAGAAUACCAAAUCGAAGCUAUAGGGGAUGAACGGGUUAUAAAGCUAUCUAGUCGGGACGGAUAUGG